AAGGAGAGGGGGCUAUGUCUUCCUUCCUUGCCUUUUACAAAAGGCAUCUCUUGCUCAGGAUGGUCUCAAAAUUCUCCCAGAAGGUGCGGUUUGUCAGUUAGUCUUUAGGCCGAGGGGCCUGCAGACAGUGCGCAGAUGUGGGGUAGGACCCGAUGGGUAAAUGGCCUCUCCAAGGGGUGGUUGUCACCACUGCCCCCUCCCCAGGAAGCACCAGCAUAUACUGUGGUGCCACUGGCCCUGCUCAGCAGGCCUGUGGUUACCUGUAAGGCAGGGCCACCAGCCCAGAUCUGGGGAGCAUGGCCCGGGCCCAGGGUUGGGGGUGCAAGUGGCCAGACCCCUGCCUGCCUGCCCUGCAUCCUUUUCUCUCUGUUCCAUGACACUCUUUGUCUGUCUUCAAGAGCCCCAGGCUGAGGAAGCCCCAGUGGGGCGUGCCUGGUCUAGGCGGAUGUCAGUGGGGGGAGACUCCAGCAUUGCCAGCUUCUCCCCACCCCCAGCCCCUUGCUUAGGCCCUUUGGGCACCCCUCCCUACUCCCUUCCUUCGAGGACUCCUGAGGGUUCAGCCACCACCCCCAGGCCUUACAGCCCACUCCCAGCAAGCUGCAAAGAGCUCGUUCCAGGGGUGCAGGGAAGAAAACAGAACUGUGCCCCCUGCAGCUGGGCACAGUGUCUGAAAUUCUACCAUCAGUACUUGUCCCUCAGGUUACAGGCCUCAGUUUUCAGGGGACAAGAAAUGGAUAUAGCUUUCAAGAGUCAGGGACAGGAGAAGGAACCAAAGUUUGCAACCAGGCACAAGGACACAAUCAAGAGAUUGUUUCCACAAACAUUUGUUGGACAGCGAUGGUGUGGCUGACUCUGGUGUCAGACUCCCGGGCAUUGUCCUUCAAGGAAGACAGACUUAGAGCCCAGAGUGGGGAGCAAAGGCUCUACCUCAGGGAAGGAGGGUCAGGGGAGAAUUCCUGGAGGAGAGACAUUGGAGCUGGGGCUGUGAAGGAUGAGCAGGAGUUUUUCACAUGAGAACGGAAAGGGCGUUCCGGGUGGUGGAAACUGCAUAUGCAAAGAUGUGGAGGCAGGAAUAGAAUGGGUGGUUUUGGAAAAUUCAGGGGGCCUGGGUGAGUGUAGGAAGGAGAGAUUGUACUGAAAGGUUGACCAGACAGAGAAUUGGGCUGGUGCAUUUGAGGAUGAAUACCUGGUGGGGGCUGGAAAGUCAGAGGAGAGAGGAACUGGUCUUUAAUGCAACUGGCAUCACUGGGCCCAGCUGUCUUCGCUGGGAGGCCAUGGGGUUCCUCUGCAGACGCAGCUUUCCUGGUCCCCCAAGGUGGGGCAGAGGGGUUGAGACCUCAAGGCCUGCAAAGGGAGACAGGGUCUUCCUUCCGCCCAGCGAGCACGAACUGAGCACUGCACAGGUGCAGUGGGAAGCUGGCCCUCUCCAUUUUGCAGCUGAGAAAACGGAGGCCGAGCAAGCUGGAGGAAUCUUUCCUUCUUGCUCCAUGUAAUUCCAGAGCCCUGAGCUACUGUGUGCCAAGCUCGGUGCUAGGAUGAAGCAGAGAACAAGACAGGCCUGGUGCCUGCUUCACUUGGCAGGGCGGGGGUUGGGGUGGGGCUGUACUGAAGGCCAAACCUGCCAGCCAGCCUCCUGGACUUUCAGGGGAGGUAACGGCCGCCAAGGAAGCCUGAGUGGGGCCUGAGGCACUUUGGUGAGGGGUGUUUGGAAGUGGAAAGAUUUUCCCUUCAAAUCCAAGUGAAAUUAGGCUUUGGCUAGUCCUGAGAGAAAUCCAGCAGGUGGAUCUCACCUCCCAGUUGGGGGAACUGAGGCCCGAAGAGAGGGCACUAUCCACAUUUAAAUAGCUCAAUAUGUCAGGGACCCAGGGCCAAGUUUGAACCUGGGGAGAUGGAAGAGGUGACUCAGGUCCCCUGGUUGCCAGAAAACCAGUGUUAGGGUUCACGCUGCACCUGGGGUCUGUGCCUCAGUUUCCCACUCUGUCAGGUGGCCAGCUUUGUGUGGUGUCCUUCUGGCCACUCCUGGAGCACCCACGCCCCUGGCGCCACCCACUGGGCCCCACGCCAGCUGCUCAGUGGUGCCAGGCCUCAUUAGGCUGAUCCUGUUAUCCCGUCCCAGGGCGGCCCCUCCUGCCCGCCCCAGAUGCCUGUGAGGCCGGCCCCAGGCCGGCCUGGCUAAGCCACCCCAGCCUGGUAUGGUCAAGGUGGGAAUUUUACAGGCCAGCCGCAGAGGGCCGGGCCAGAAACAGCGGAUCUGAAAAGCUGGCGGCCCCGCCACACACACACACUUCCCUGCUCAGCCUCCCCAAGAACACUACCGAGAGGCGGCGGGUUUGGGGAGAGCGCUCCAGGCACCGGUGGGGCACGGAGGGCCGACCCUGUCUCCUAAUUCAUCUCCCCGCGCUGCCCUCUGGCUCAGUUUUCUCCGCUCACACUGGUCACCUCGGAAAGCCAUGGUCCUGCCUCCAAGCCUCUGCUCUUGCGGCUUCCCCUGCCUAGAACACUUUUCCUAGGUCUUUAUGUGCACUCAGUGCAAAUGCUGCCUCCUCUGAGAAGCCUUUCUUGGCCACUCAACCUAAAAGCACCCCCCUCCAUCACUAUGGCUUCACCUUGUUUUAUUUUGGGGUUCCUGCUGCAUGGUCAGCAUCUAAACUACCUUCUUUCUUUCUUAUUACCCAUCUCCCUGAUUGGAUGGUGAGCUUGGCCAGGGUGGGCCCUGGUCACCCCGAGGUCCCUGGCUGGCCCAGUACACAGUAGGCAGUUGAUAAAUGUUGAGUUAAUGUGUCAGGGCAGAACCCAGCCUGCCACACUGGGCUUUCUGCCCCGUGGACCCUCUGUUAACUUGCCACUUCUGCUCUGCUGUGUAUUUGAGAAAAUCUCUUCCCUGGAUCUCAGCCCCACUGUUCUCCCAAACAGCAGGACCUAUCAUGCCCUCCCUGCUUCUCCCCUCCCCCUCAGCACUACCCUGAUUACCGAGAGCCCAGGGGUGGUGGAGGCAUUGAGAGAACAAAUUUCGAGUCAGAUCCGGGUUCAGCCACAGCUCAGUCACUUAAUUUCUGUGUGAUCUUGAGCAAGUCGCCCUACCUCGCUAAGCCUCAGUUUCCCUGUGUGGUAAAUAGGGCUAAUAAUAACAACAUCUUUUCCAGGGACUACAGGAGAAUUAAACGUGUGGAAAGCACUUAGCAUAGUGCUUGGUACUAAAUAAAUGGAAUAGCCAACAUUGCUGGGUCUUAAUGUUAUUAUUCUUGUUCUUGUUGUUGUUAGGAAGGGCAUAUGGUACAGUGGUCAAGAAUGUGGAGGAGGAGGCAUUGCGGCUGGGGCUUUGAGGGAUGAGUAGGAGUUUGCCUGAUCACUUGCUGUAAAAUCCCAGCUUGGCCAUUUAUGCUGUUUGACCCUGAGGAAAUCAUUGCAGUCUUUUGGGUCUCAGUUUUUCUAUGUACAAAGUGGGGAUAAAGUGGUUCGCACUUCUCUAUGAGGCACCAGUGUGCUUAGAACAGCGCCAGUAGUGUUGUUUGCUAGUGUUCAUAUUAGCUAUUUUUUAAACUGCUAUUAUCAUCACAAAGCAACCAAUGCAGUCUUCCCCAGAAGCCAUUCUUCCUGUCUGUCCACCUCUCGCCUUCACUUUGGCAAAGGUAGACCCAGAACUCCUUAAGACAAGCUCAGGACCCAAGACUUGACUCUCACAGUAGCAGGGAGCCAGUGGUGGUACAGUGAUUGGGCAGCAGGCAGCUUCUGGGUUGGGGGAAGAAGAGGAGAGGCUGGGCCCCCACCUCUGGCCAGGCCUUGCAGGGUCUGCUGGGGGUUUCUGUGCCUGCACCCUCCCAUCAGACUGCCUCACAGGCUGGCCCCUGGCCCACACAGAUGCGACAUCGGAACCGGCUGUGCUAACCAGAUGUUCCUGGUUUACCCCCAGAUGUGAGUUGCUUGUGCCUGCCCUGGCCUCCCCGUCCCCACCGUGGGGUGGGGCUGGGCCCUGGGGCCCUCCAAGGGAGGGGGCACAUUUUUGUGGGCUGUGGAAUUUGUCUCUUGUUUUGCAGAACUGAGACUUGCCUUAAGAGAAGCCCAAGUCCUGCCCCUCAAGGGGCCUCAGUUUUCCCACCAGUGGAACCUUAGGGAACCCCCAGGGGCCAUCUGGGGGAAUAGGCCCAACUGCCAGCCCCAGAGCUGUCAGCACCAAUGGAGGAAGUGGAUACCAGGCCUUGCAAACACAUGUGUCUGAUGCCCGGGCCCAGCUGCUGCCAUCGGCCAGGCCUACAGGGCUUCAUGGAAUUAAAUGGCCCGCCAGAUGAGGAGGGUGUCUGUUCAGCCCAUUGUACAGCUGGGAAACUGAGGCUCAGAGCCGGGGAGGAGCUUUCCCCAAUGUUAUCCAGCCAAGAAAAGGCACAACAGGCAUCCAGAUUCAGCUCUCCUGACCCCAAGUGCUACAGCGUCCAGACACGCCUUUCCUCACUGGCUGGCCCGCACGUGCAUGCCACCCCUACAUCUGCCCACGUAGCUUCCCAGCUUGGCUCGUUCUGCCUGUGGGCAGCGAUGACAGCUCCAUGAGCCACCGGGUCAUUCCAAUAGUGCUGAGUGGCCCCCAUCAGGCCCUUUCUGAAGAUGGGGAAACCAAGUAUAGGAGGAUCAGAGAUGUGUCCAGGAGUGAGGUGCAGAGGAAGGAGAAAGGCACUUGUGGAGGGAGACACCACACAGGCAAAAGCCUGAAAACUGUGGACUGAAUUAUCAAAGCCCACCCUUGUCUUGAGAGGUUCCAGCCCAGGCGGUCCCUCCUGAACCCCCUGCCCAGUGAAGACAGACAUGGACCCAGGCAUUAUGCUGGCAAGGCUGGGUAAGAGUGAGGGACCUGUAGCUGGGGAGGGGGGUGCCCAGAUGGGGAACAGGAAUGGCUUCCUAGAGGAAGGGCUAUAGAAGGUGGGACUUUGAAGGAUGAGUAGGAGUUCGGCUGAUGGAGACAGGCCCCAAUUCCAGGCCUCGCCCAGACUAGAGGGGUAAGUGGAUGGAGGGAGGGUUAUGUGAAGCAGGUUCCUGCCUGAGGCCAGGAGCUCUGCAGUACAAAGGCUGUUGACCCCAGGAACAGGUAUGCCUGGCGGGUGUUCCCUGGGAGCUUUAUGGAAAGGUGGAGCCCUGGAGCGUUGCCGGGACAUCAAGAUAAUGAGAAGUAUUUCCUGGCACCAUCAAGAAAGCUGCCAGAAACACCCACACACCAUCACCCUAAUUGUCUGCCCUUUGGAUAACUGGAAGGACCUGUGAGGCUGCUGACUAGGGACUACUCAUCACCCUCUUUGAGCCUCAGUUUCCCCUCUGUCCUUGCCCUAGCCCUGGGGACUCUGUGGCUUCCAGCUAGAAGUGGGGGACUAUUCCAGAUCCCUCUUGCUGCAGUUCAGACUGGCCUGGCCCUCAGGAAGGGAGGUGCUCCCUUCCCCGGCGGUGAGGAUUCUCUAGGGUCUGGACACUGUUGGGUUGGGGAGGGGACCCCCGGACAGGCCCUGCCUGGGCAGCGUUGGUGGCACUCGAAAUGCCAGCAGGCGUGGGCCAGGGCCGGGUACCAGUGGCCAGGGCAGGGUGGUUCUCACCUGGGUCCCUCUGCCUCCCCUUUUUCUGUUCUCCUUACCGUGUCGGGGAUGGUCACUCUUUCCCCAUGAUCUCUGCAGCCGAGGACCCGACAGCACUGUUGACGCAUGCAACACUGGGUGCGCAUGCGCAUAUGGCCCGGAUGUGGGAUGCUGAGGAUGAUGGGCUCGCCUGUAUACGCACAGGUCCACGUGCUCACGGGAGGGCUUGGAGGCGGUGUGUAUGUGGCGUGCCCGUUCUGUGUGUCAGAAUGCAAGAGGUGAUGUCUGUCUCUAAGAGUGCAAACAUGCUUGAGCGUGUGGGAGUGUAUCAAGGGCGUGCGGGAACCCCUGCGGACGUGAGAGAGUGUAAGGGCACCCAAGUGGGUGGGAGUAGGGGAGCUCCCGAGGGCAAGUCAGAAGGAGGCCCACUUAUCAUCUGUGAGCAUGUGUGCAUGUGUGCAAACACACGUGUGUGAGUACGGUAGCAUUCAAAUAUGAUCAUGGUUGAGUGUUGUGUGAAACGCCCACGUGUGAAAGUGUGAGUGCAAAACAUGCUAGCAGGUGAGUGUGGUGGUGUCCAGGUGUGUGAGUGUGAGUGAACCCACCUACCCAUGACACAAGCACACGGAUCGUGCGCACCUGGUCUCCUCCUGCCCCGUCCCCUGCCGCCCUCCGCCACACCCACUCCCAGUCAGGUCCCUGCCAGGGACAAACCAGUUGGGUGACCCCCAUACAGAAAGGACCAUUGUUAACAGAGGCUUAUCAGCAGCACCUGCCAGGCCCCCUCCACCGGCGGCCCCCUGCUCUCCUGGCCCCCAUCAGAGCUCCAGGGGGUCUGCGGCUCCAAGGCUACCAUGGGCUUUUGUGGCGGGCCCAUCUCUGGGCAUCAUCUGGUCUACCCUCUCAAGCCCCCUGUUUUAGGCUGGUGCUGUGCAGGCAUCUUGUUCCAGCCUAACAGGGAAACCAAGGCACACUACUCCGACUUGGGUGUGAGGACAGGUGGGAGUGUUGGGGGGCCAGAGGGGGCUUUGCCCACAUGAGGUCUUGGGCCGGGGGUAUUUUCCUGCCUGUCUCCCCCUCCUGGGGUUGGGGGUAGGCCACCAGAAUUCUAAUCUCAGUUCUGUGACCCUGGGCAAGUUACUUCACCACUCUGGAUCUGUUUCUCCAUCUGUAAAAUAGGGAUUAAGGACACCUGUGAGGUUGAAAUGACUUAAUAGUGUGUGCUAAGUUUGUAGAACAGUAUUCACAUAAAGUAGAUGCUCAUUAAUAGCAGAAUAAAGGCAGUGGGUUCAGGCACCUGACAAAUGCAAGGGCUAACCUCAGCUUGCUGUACAACCUGGAGAAUGAAAUCUCCGUGAAGCCCACAAGGUCUUGCAUGACCUGCUCCCAUCACCUCCCAGUCCUCCCCUCCUCCCUCGUUCACCCUGCUCCAGCCACAUGGGGUUGCCUCCAUGAUUCCUUCAACAAGCCUGGCAGGGUCCUGCCCCAGGGCCUUUGCACUUGCUAUGCCCGCAGAUCUCCAGGUUGACCCAGGGUUUGUUUAUAUGACCCCAUGUGGGGGAAUCUCAUUCUCCACCAACACCACCAACAGUACUAAGAAUGCAAGUAUCAAAUACCACCUGUAGCGGCAGGUCCUCAGGACGAACGCCCAGCAUUUGCUCCCUCUAUGUGGUAUGUAUUGUGUCAAGGAACCGGGUAUGAAUCCCAGAUCCUUUCCUAGCUGUGCCUUGGCCAAGCCCCUCCCUGUCUGUUUUAUGCCUGUUUCCCCAGCUGUAAAAUGUAAGUCAUAGUGCCGCCUUUGUGAGCUCAGCACCAGGUCAGAUACACAGCAGGUGCUUAAUAAGUGUCCUCUUCUACUUACUGUCUGGUGAUGUAGGUUCUGUGCUGGUGCAUCCAUGGGGCGGAGGGAGAGGCGGUUCCAGCCGCUCUGCUCUUAACCACGCCCCGGGAGGACCCAUGCAAAUCACACGCAAUCGAGAUGCAAAUUGCACGCAAAUAACUGCUUGCUGCAGCGCGGGCCAGCCUGUGCGGCCAGAGGCGCGCGCAUGGGGGCGCCCGGCACCCCGCGGCCAAGCCUGGGCGCUGACCGCCAUCCAGCCAGGCUUUCAGCGCUCCGUGUAAAUGUUUACACCGGGCCAGCCGCCAGGCCCCGCGCAGACCGACACCAGGCGGCCAGGCGAGGGAAUGUAAACGCGGGCUAGGGGCCACCCAUUGGCGGGGAGCUUCUCAGACAGGGUGGAUGUAUGGGGGUGCGCAUGGGUUAUUAAACAUCUACUGUCUGCACCCAGCACGACGCGACUAGGCAGCCACAGCACUGAGAAAUCGGUGCCCUAACGGGGGAAGCUUAGGGCAUUGGGGGAGGGGGGGCCCAGAAGGGAGGAGCAGUCAGGGAAGGCUUCUUGGGGGAGGCUCCAUCCAAGCUGAGACUGAAAAUGGAACGGGAUUGGGGUGGCGGGGAGUGGAGAAGAGAAUGUUCUGGUAGAAGGACGUGUGCAAAGGCCUGGAGGUGGGUUGAGGGCAGCUUUGGUUCAUCGCUGCCCAGUUCUGGGCGUCAGUUUGGAGGAGAAACCUAGGCUCAGAAAGGGCAGGAAGUCACUCCUGAGGACAUCAGUGUCUCAACCUCAGGGUUCCUGCUUCCCAGACUAUUCUAAGCACCACCUCUCCUCGCCAUCCAAGCCCCACGGUGCCCCCUGCUGGGAAUGCGCUCACCUCCUUCCUUCCACGCGUCCCCAAGCUCACUGGGCUCCAACCACCUCAAGCCUCUUGGCUGGAUUGGCCAAACUUGGUUCAGACUCAGGACCUUUGCACUGGCUGUUCCCCCGGCCUGAGACGCCAUUCUCUUCUGCCUGGCCAGCUCCUACCUUUGUUCGAGUCUCAACUUUCCUCAAUCCUCUCGAAGGCACUCUGGGAUCCCCCGCAGAUGGGGGUGAUUCUGGUUACCCCUGCCACCCCCUCCUUGGCAACAUUUUUCACAACCUUGUUCAGUGGUUCCUUGAUGAAUCACUUCUGUUACUAUUGCUCAUUAAGCAGGAGUGGUUCAAAAUCAGGGGCCCCACUGUAUCCCCGGUGCCUGGCCCAGCACCCUGUGUCCUUUUGUUGCCUGACAGACACACGGGGCCCGCGUGGCUGACCAUCCUGUGCACGCAGGCUGAGGAUGCAGCGCUGGAAGGCGGCGGCCCUGGCCUCGGUGCUCUGCAGCUCCGUGCUCUCCAUCUGGAUGUGUCGGGACGGCCUGCUCCUCAGCCACCGCCUCAGACCCGCGCUGGCCCCGCUGCGCCGGCCGCCUCGCACCCUGGAUGCCCGAAUCGCCCGCCUGGCCCAGUACCGUGCACUGCUGCAGGGCGCCCCGGACGCGGUGGAGCUACGCGAGCUGACGCCCUGGGCCGGGCGGCCCCCAGGUCCGCGCCGUCGGGCGGGGCCUCGGAGGCGGCGCGCGCGUGCGCGGUCGGGGACACGGCCGUGCGGGCUGCGCGAGCUCGAGGUGCGCGUGAGCGAGUUAGGCUUGGGCUACGCGUCGGACGAGACGGUGCUGUUCCGCUACUGCGCAGGCGCGUGCGAAGCGGCCGCGCGCGUCUACGACCUGGGCCUGCGGCGCCUGCGCCAGAGGAGGCGAGUGCGGCGGGAACGGGUGCGCGCGCAGCCCUGCUGCCGCCCGACGGCCUACGAGGACGAGGUGUCCUUUCUGGACACGCACAGCCGCUACCACACGGUGCACGAGCUGUCGGCGCGCGAGUGCGCCUGCGUGUGACCCUACCUCACUGGGCCCGGCGAGACGGCGGCCACGCCCCCUGCCCCGACGGCACCCACCGUCCCGCCUGGCAAGCCCCGCAGCAGACUGCCCGUGAGCAGAAGAUGCCGCCGAGGCCUCAGGACUCUCGCGAUAACUGUACUGAGAUAAAGUGUGGAAAAUCGA